AAGCUCAAAAACGCCCAACGUGCACGGGUGGUCUCCAAAUCCGCGAAUCCUAUGAUCUCGAAGCACUACAAUCCUGCACGACAUAUAGCGGUGCAAUUUCUAUCACUUCGUUAUCCCUUCCCGAUUUGGUCUUCCCCCAUCUUCAAUACCUGGACGGAAUCAUCGCUGUCAAUAACAAUGAUCGGCUUCGUCGUCUUUCCUUUCCCCAUCUUAAAUCCGCUACACGAAUCUCCGUAGUUAAUCAGACACUCCUCACUACCCUUGAAUUUCCUUCACUACAAAAAUCCGAGUUUUUAUUGUUUAAAGUGUUACCUUCAUUGACAGAUUUAAGUUUCUCGAUGGGAUUAAAUGAUACGGGAAGCUUUGAGGUAGCGGACACGGGUAUCACGAGCUUAAACGGCCUUGAUAUGAAGAAUACAAAGAGUCUGAGAAUCACGGAUAAUCGUAAUUUGGUACAUUUAAGGCUGCCGUAUUUGAGAAAUACAGACGAAUUAUUCUUGUCAGGAAACGGACAGGGAACAAUUAGAAUAAAUGCACCAAGCUUGAAUUCAUUAAGAGACCUAACACUCAGAAAUGUGGGGUUUACAAGUCUUCCUGGUCUUGGUACAAUCUCCAACGACUUAGUCAUCGAAGAGAAUUCUUUCGACUCAUUCUCCAUCCCAAACUUAGGAUCUGUCUCCGGAACGUUGACUAUUCGUUCUAGCCCUCUCAAGUCCAUCUGUUUGCCGGAACUGCAAAGUGUCGGAGGCUCCGUCGUCAUCUCUAAUAAUCCUAAUUUACAAACCAUCACAGGAUUUCCUAAGCUCAAGCAAGUCAAUGGAUUUAUAGAUAUUACGGGAAGUUUUAGGGAGUUAGAUUUAUCCGGUUUGCAAGAAUCAAGGGAGAAACAUUUGUGUGCCGGUCGGGAGUUAAAAAAUCCAAAGGCGUUGUUGGCUGGAAAGAAAGAAAGAAAAGUCAUAACUGGUAAAAAUGAUACGGGGAAUAACAAUAGCAAUACUACUACAGGUAUGGGAAAGAAGAGCAAUGCCAGUAAAAUUAUCUGUGCUCAGCUCGAAAGUUUUGUUUUUGGAUUUGCGAUAACAGCGUUGUCGAUACUUAUAUAG